AUGCUCAGCGGAAUCAAGCUCGCCUUUGCCUGGGCUUCCGCAGUCGCGGUGAUCUCUGACGCUGCACUGGAAGACGUGCCGAGCUUCGCUGUGCCAUCGUUCAACUACGAGUCACUGUAUGACGGUGACGCGCCGACCCGAAUGCUUCAAGCUCUGGAACGUGGCGGCAUCAUCGCACUCAAGAACGUCCCCAACUACGCCAACACCCGCGAGCGCUACCUGACUAGCGCAGUGCAAUGCGCCGUGGCUUCCGAACAUGACGACGAGGGCAUUCGCUACCUGUCAACCAAGCGGUUCCAUGACGGCACGCGCCGCCUAACGCUGCGAGCUGCUGCCGGUCGUGAGCUGAUGGACACCAACGCCGAGUCACUGAAAGCCAUGGAGGCCAACUGUCCAGGCCACCGCGAACUCCACGAAGAAUUCAGCAGCAUGUUGGAGCGAGCGGUGGACACCUUCGCCUCGGCACUGGACAGGACCGACUUCACUAUGGGUGACGGCGAGCGUCACAUCAGCGCUCGCAAGCUCAUUGGAGACGCCAAGCGACUCGACCAUUUCCACGCGUACGAGGCGGCUGCAGCCCCUCCGAGCUCCACGCGCCGGUCCCUUUCGGCCGAGGAGAUCGAGCGGGACUUGUCCUUGGCCAUGCACGAAGACCACGGCCUCUUCAUCGCCAUGGCAGCGCCCAAGUUCUUCUCCGUCAACGCUGAAAACGGGAACAUUCGUGAGCGCCGCCUGAAGUCUGACGCCUCGGGGCUGGUGAUCGGAGCAGCCGAGCUCGACGAAAUCGUUCGCCCCGAGCUAAAGCCCGACGAACUUGUCAUCAUGAUAGGCACCGGCGCGUCGCGCUGGCUGGAGUCCAGCCACCACCUGCCGGCCGUCAUGCACGGUAUGCGAAUGCCCGAAGAAAUGGUAUGGGACGCUGAAGCGACUCCGGGACAGCGUAACCUGCGCGCGUGGUUCGGUAAAAUGACGCUGCUGCCCUCGUACCAGCGUCUGCUCGAGUCCAAGAUGGACUUCGACGAGUUCACGAACCGCACCACUCGCCACCUGCUUGGAAGCUCAAAGGACGACAUCAAAGCCAUCGGAUGCGCUGGCGGCCGCCACUUGGUGGAGUCGGAGGGAAGCUGCACGUACUCGAUCUGCACACUGAAGCCCGGAGUGGAGAAGCCGCCCACGGUGGGCUGCAACCAAGCGUGCAACUACCACACCGAGUUCUUCGACGCCAAGUGCGAGAAGAAGUGCGACUGCACUGGAACCACCACGCAGGCCGAUGUG